AUGAAGUUGUUUGAUAAUACUACCAGUAAUCGAGUGAUAAUUUACACUGAAAAUUUGAUGAGGGUAACGAAUAUUAAAUCUUUUAAGAGGAUAGGCAAUAAGAAUAAUCAAGAAGCAAAUACUUUUAAAAUACUUUAUAAACGACCCUCAUGUACAUUUGAUAAAGUAAAUAAAGUGUUGGAAUUACCUGAUCCAUUUAAAUUUAAUCAGAAAUUAACAGAAGAUCGUGAUGAUUAUGAGGUUACGGCAAAAUUAUUUUAUUUGCCACCAUCAUCAACAUCUAUAAUUGAGUCAUCGACUCCACCAUCACAAUUCAUCACACAAUCAGUAUAUCAUUUAUUUAAAUUACUUGGAAUUAACACCAUAGACACAUUUAUCAUUUAUUUUAAUGGAUUCAUGUUUGAUGGAUCUAAUGAAAUAUCGAACAAAUUCAAUAAAACAUCUAAUAUGAAGAACAACAGAGAUGAUGACUUGAAUAAUCACGGCAAAAGUGAUAUUGAUAAUUUACUUGAAGCUUGGAAAGAAUUGGAAACUCUUCACAAAAAGAAUAUGAUUUACAAAUUAGGCGUUAGCGAAUUUACUAAAAAUCAAUUGGAAAAUUUUAUAAAGGCUGUUGAGGUUCCUCCAAAGAUAGAUCAAAUUAAUUUCGACUGUUGUGCAAUACCAAAAGAGAUUAUUGAAUUCGCCAAAAAGAAUAAUAUAGAAUUAUUAUCACAUAAUGAUUCAACAGAUAUAUUACCUUCCACAACUUUUCAAAAAAUUAUUGAUGAUGCUAAUACAAAUAAAGUUAGGCUAAACAAGGAUUUAUCACCUCGUUGGGUACUCAAGUAUUCUGUAAUGAUACCAGAUAGAGGGGUCAUUAAUAAUAAAGGGUAUAUUGUUAUGGCAAGUACAACAAAUUCAGAUCCAAAAUUUACUUAUACUAUAGAUGAGAUUGAAAAAAACGGGUUUUAG